AAAAAACAUACAUCGCAUUCAAUGACGUCACCAAUGACACGUAGUCAAAAUGGCGGCCACGGCGAUGGAGACGUGGUGGGCCUUGCUGCUCUUGUCCUUGGUGCCUGUGGUGUUGCCCUUUUACGUUCCUGGCGUUGCUCCCCGGGACUUCCAUGAAGGGGAUAUUGUAGAUAUUAAGGCUGUGAAGAUGACAAGCUCUCAUACCCAGCUUCCUUAUGAAUACUACUCUCUGCCGUAUUGUAAGCCUAACUCCGUUGUCUACAAAGGAGAGAACCUAGGCGAGGUGUUGCGCGGGGACCGUAUUGUAAACACGCCCUUCAAUGUGCAAAUGAACAAGGACAAGAAGUGUGAGAUAGUGUGCAACAAGAAAAAACUCAGCAAAGAAGAGAGCAAGUUGUUUGCCGAGAGAAUACAGGAGGAGUAUUACGUUCAUCUAAUUGCAGAUAAUCUGCCAGUAGCCACCAGGUUGGAGGUGUAUCUCAAUAGAGAAGCGGGAGCAGAAGAAGAGCUUAAGAAAGACAUGAAAGAUGUCCAGUUUGAACAUGGCUACCGGUUGGGCUUUGUGGACAACAACAAGUAUUAUCUGCACAACCACCUUUCCUUCAUCCUGUACUUCCACAAGGAGAAGCUCGAAGAAGGGGAGCAGCACAACUACAGAGUGGUGCGAUUUGAGGUCGUACCGCAAAGUGUAAAAGUCGAAGAUCUGAUGGCUGUGCAAAAAGAGAAGACUUGCACUUUGCCAGACGCCAGCAGCUCUGCUGCGCUGGAGAUUGACCCCACCAAGGAGAAUGAGGUCCUCUUCACGUAUUCUGUGCACUGGGAGGAGAGUGAGGUGAAAUGGGCUUCUCGAUGGGACACGUACCUGACCAUGAGCGACGUGCAGAUUCACUGGUUCUCGAUUGUCAACUCUGUGGUGGUUGUCUUCUUUCUCUCUGGUAUCUUGAGUAUGAUCAUCAUCAGAACCUUAAGGAAGGACAUUGCGAAUUACAACCGAGAGGAUGAUAUCGAAGACACAAUGGAGGAGUCAGGAUGGAAGAAUGUUCAUGGUGAUGUCUUCAGGCCACCUCAGUAUCCCAUGAUUCUCAGCUCACUUCUGGGUUCAGGGAUCCAACUCUUUUGCAUGAUCCUUAUCGUCAUCUUUGUUGCCAUGUUGGGCAUGUUGUCUCCUUCGAGUAGAGGAGCUUUGAUGACCACUGCGUGCUUCCUCUUCAUGUUUAUGGGUGUAUUCGGCGGCUACUUCGCCGGAAGACUAUACCGCACACUGAAAGGCCACCGGUGGAGGAAAGGAGCCUUUUGUACGGCAACUUUGUAUCCAGCUGUGGUGUUUGGAAUCUGCUUCAUCCUCAAUUGUUUCAUCUGGGGAGAGCACUCCUCUGGGGCGGUGCCCUUCACGACCAUGCUGGCUCUGCUGUGUAUGUGGUUUGGGAUCUCCAUGCCCCUGGUCUACCUGGGCUACUACUUUGGCUUCCGCAAGCAGCCGUAUGACAACCCCGUGCGCACCAACCAGAUCCCUCGGCAGGUCCCGGAGCAGCGCUGGUACAUGAAUAAGUUUGUGGGAAUCCUGAUGGCUGGGAUCUUGCCAUUUGGUGCCAUGUUCAUUGAGCUCUUCUUCAUUUUCAGUGCCAUCUGGGAGAAUCAGUUUUAUUAUCUCUUUGGCUUCCUGUUUCUGGUCUUCAUCAUAUUGGUGGUCUCCUGCUCUCAGAUCAGCAUUGUCAUGGUUUAUUUCCAACUGUGUGCGGAGGAUUACCGGUGGUGGUGGAGAACGUUCCUGGUUUCAGGAGGGUCAGCGUUCUAUGUCCUUGUGUACGCCGUCUUCUACUUUGUCAACAAGCUCGACAUUGUGGAGUUCAUCCCGUCGCUGUUGUACUUUGGCUACACCACCCUGAUGGUUCUGUCCUUCUGGCUGCUAACGGGCACAAUCGGCUUCUACGCCGCCUACAUGUUCAUCAGGAAGAUCUACGCAGCAGUUAAGAUAGACUGAGUCAGUUGCUGCUAUUGUGGGGGUUUUUGUUUUUGGUUACAUUCACUUUUUUUUUAUGCAAGUAUUUUUAUUGUCCAACAAGCACUGACUUGUGUGUUGGGGCAGGAAAGCAAAAGCAGUGCUUUUGUUGUUGUUUUUUGUUUUCUUUCCCCUCAGUAAAAUGGCAACACCCACUGGCAGGAUUGGGUAAAUCGUGUCUCCUUUCUUGCCAGCUCAACUUUUUGAUUUUUGUUUUGUAUUUUUUGGGACGGAGACACAGGACAUUUCCUCUGAUGGGGACUGCUUGUGUCUUGAGCUGGUUCACCUUGCACACAACACAGUGGGCCAAACAAUAGUUUUCUGCACAUUGUCUUUUUUUUUUUUCUUCCCUUCUUGUGUUUUGAACCUAAUUUAUCCAUGUUUUGAGUUCUGCUAUCGCUUUUCAUCUUAGAAUGAUGUUGUUUUUCAUCCAAAUAUUCCCAAUCUCUUCAUUUCCACCUCUGUUUCGUUUGAGAGACUUUGCCAAAAGAGAGGUGGGACUGUGGUUGUGGUGCGUUUUUUGUCUUAUGUUGUUGAACUGAUCUACAUUGUGACUACAGAAUGCAUACGGUAUAUUAAAUGCUCUUCUUAUUUUUUAAAUCAUGUUUCCAUAUGUUCUCUGUGUAGCCACUUCAAUCACAACUGUAUCACUUUUCCCCUCUAAAGCGUCCCAAUGUACCAAAUACGGUGGCGUGUUGCCUCGUGAUUGAAACAUGUUGUGAAAGCAGUUGGCCUGAGAUUUAUUCAAGACACCUACUAGAAUGUGUUCAAGUUACAAUAAUACCUUUGAAACAUCCCAGCUGUUAGUUGAAAAAUUGUUUUUAUGAUCAUUCAAUGAUAGGUACAAUAUUUUUAUUCCAGGAGCCUUUUUUUUUUCUUCCCUGUGGUUUUGGGUUUAAAUAAAGCUACACGUUUUCCGACAGCUGGCGGCUGUUAAACACCUUUUAUUUGAGAUCAUUAUCUUUCCAUGUUUUGUCGAUAGGGUCUGUACGUACUGUACUGAUAUGGGGCUUUGUUACUGGAGAGUCACGGUCAAAAACCACAAUCCAGUUUCUCAAGAAAUUUGCACUUUAUGUACUGUUUUUUUCUUGAUAAACUAUACGUCAUCUGUAAUUUAGCAGUCAACCUGUCAAGAUUUGGGCAAAUCUUGCGAGGUUACACCUGCA